CAAAAGCUCACCUUCGACUGUUCCUAUGGAAGCUAUAUAGUACAGUAUUCCGAAGUUAAUUAUUAUAGAAGCAUGGCAAAAUAUGUAAUUUUAGAUAACACUAAUACUUUUUAUUUAAUAUUGCUUCGAUUGAAUCGAUCACAAUGCAACAUACGCUGACCGCUGACAAAUGUCACAUCAGCGUAUUUGGGAAUAUGGAUCAAGUGCCGUUGACCGCGUACUCAUACGCUGCUCGCGAGUGUGCUGCAUCAGCGAAACCCAGCCAAGGCGGAUGCGGAAAGUUUAUGGUUAACUACUCCCUUUCUAAAGUGCGCUCGUCCCUGAUCGCGUUGAGGCUUCCCACCAGGUCCCUGAUCUGGCGGUCAUCACGUCGCUUCUGGAUGACUUGCGCGAGGAACACCGAACCGCCAAACAGAGCGCACAAGCCUAGUCCGAUGCGAAACGCCGCCUGA